AUGGACACGAUCUUGCAGUACGAGAAGAGGCUGAAAUGGCGGAACAUCAGCGCCCGGCUGACCCACCUCACGUCCUUCCUCCCGGAGACUCAGCAGCGAGAGGAACUCGAAGGAGCUUUGGCCAAACUGGCGCAGCUCCAAAAGCUGUCGGGCGUGGACGUGGACACGCUGUCUCAAGCAUAG